AUGUCUCAGAUACAGACAAUGAUUAUGGAGGAGAAGCCACAAUGCCCCAUCCUCGAACAACGCUUCUCCACCCUCAAACAAUCCAUCAUAAAGCCCCAAGACCGCGAAAAAGUCAAAGAAUCCUACGCGCGCCUAAAGAAAGUCCUCGCAACGGAAGCCAACCGCAUCGCCAAUCUAGGCCCCUCAUCCAUCCCCGAGAUCGACUUCGCCGACAUCGUCGAGAACGGCGGCGUCUUGCCCGACGGAGCGGCAGACCGAGUCCGCGACGCCGGCUGUGUCGUUAUCCGCAACGUUGUGCCGCAGGAAACAGCCUCGAAAUGGGAGGCUGAUUUGAAGGCGUACGUGCGGAGUCAUCCCAAGGUGGCCGGGUUCCCGGCGCAUGAUCCGCAGAAUUUCAGUUUGUUUUGGACGCCCGCGCAGGUGCAGAUCCGGAGUCACGAGCGGGUUCUUAAAGCGAUGCGCGCUGUUAGCCAGUUGUGGAGGUUGAGUUCUGAUGAGGCGGUUUUUGAUCUGGGGAGUCAGGUUUGCUAUGCGGACCGGUUUCGGAUUAGGCAUCCUUCCAGAGACCAGGAGUAUACACUCGACGCGCACCAGGAUAGCGGCGCCAUGGAACGCUGGGAAGAUCCGCAGUACCAGGAAUGCUACCGGAAGAUCUUCGAGGGAAAAUGGGAGGAGUACGAUCCGUGGAACGCGGAUUAUCGGUCAGAUGCAAAGACCGAUCUGUAUGAAACAGGAAUGUCCUGCUCCGUCUUCCGCUCCCUCCAAGGCUGGAUCAGCCUCUCCCACACAGGCACAGGCGAAGGAACCCUCCGUCUAGUCCCCAAUUUAAAAGCCUCAACAGCCUACCUAAUGCUCCGACCCUUCUUUGUCCAAGACGAGACCUUCGACGACGUAACCCCGACCUUCCCCGGCGCCACACCGGGGAACCUGCAAUUCUUCCCCACGAACGCCCUCCACCCGCACCUGGAGAUGGAGAAGAGCAUGGUAGGCAUCCCCCCGGUGAAGCCGGGCGACUACGUCUUCUGGCACUGCGAUCUCAUUCACGAGGUCGACAAGUUCCACCCGGGAACGCGCGAUUCGUCCGUCAGCUAUAAUGCGUGUAUCCCGUUGUGUCCGUAUAACCUCGAGAAUCUGGUUAAGACGCGGCGGAGUUUUCUGGAGGCGGGCAUCCCGCCAGAUUUUGAGAAGUACACGCAUGGGGAGCUGGAGAGGGAGCAUGCGGAUCAUGGGGCGAGGUUGGAGAAUGUUCUGUCGCUCGAGGGGAAGCGCGCGCUGGGGCUUGCGCCGUUUGAUGUUGACGAGGAGGGGAUUACGCCUGGGCAGAGGCACAUGCGGCUUGAGGCUAACAGGAGGCUUGGUUUGUAG